GGUCUUACAUUUGUUUGCUCCAAGCUUUAAGUCAACAGCACGAUGUGGAAUUUAAUAAUAAGUCUGCAUUUGGGAAUAAUAUGAAUGAAUCGUGCUCUGUGACUCACUCUUGUCAUUUCUAUGGAUUCUAGUGGGACAAAGGUCUUCUUUCACAAGAUCAGAAAAAAAUAGUGCCAAAUCUGGAGGAGAGGGUAAUACUAGUUUAGGUUGAGCCCUUGCUUAAUACUCAUCAGUUGGGAGGCUCCUCUGGACACUAUUUUCCUGAUUAUUUUUUUACGAAUCUCCGGUACCUGUAAUAUUGUAAGUUGAUUGAUAUCCAGGAAAGGGAAAUGCAAUCAGGUUGUUUAAUGGUGGCAUAUAAAUACAGGCUAGACAGCUAAUGGUACGUCAUGCAUGAAGCUGGUAUCUACUCGUCACCCUUGUGCAAUCCUGUCUUCCCCCUCCAUGCAAAAUGAGCUAAUCUGUCUGAGCAAUUGAGGUAGCAGGAAUUAGGUCUGUGCUUCAUCAGGAUAAGACCACGGUUUGCAACCGAGGGGGAUGGAUCCAUUGGAAGUUGAGGUGCUUGGGGACUGGGUCAACUGAAAUAGGAUCAUUUUCAGACAUAGAUCCUUAGCUGCUGAUAUACAAUUUCUACUAUCUACUUGUCCUGAGUGUUGGGGUCGAAGCAAGGACCUGUCAACUUGAGACUGGAGCUUCAUAAAGACCUGUGUCAAGUCUUUAGUUGAUGUUAUUCCUUUGAUUGCUUUAUGGGAUAUGACACAUGUCUAAAGGACGCAAAGGAUUAUUUACACCAGGAAAUAAGUUUUAGAAAGGAAGGAAAAGGAAUGCUUAAGAGUCACAAUUGAUGUGUCUUUGGUGGACCUGGGAUCGGCUGAGCCAACUCUAUUGUAAAUGGAAUCAUAAAUAAACAUAGGAAGAACAUGAAAUACGCAAAGUGUUCCUGAAUUUGGUAUUUGAAACACAGACACAAGUUAGGAUUCUCUUGACUGGCUGAUGCAGAGCUUGCCUAUAAGAACUUUGCAGCUAUGGAUGGGAUCAAGAAACUUGUCUUUAUCGGACUUGCGCUGCUGUUCUUUAUGAAUCUUGCCGCCGCCCAGUUGAUGCCUUUCACCUUCCCUUGCUCGUACAGCAGCGCAUCAGAUGAGGGUGGAGACGAGGAUGGGGAAGUUGCUCUUUCCAUCAGUAUCCAUGGAAACCCUAGUCAUUACAUUCCUCAAGAUAUAUACCAAGUGACACUUUCUAGCAGCAGUGACUUCACCCAGGUGCAGGUGAUUGGUCUCUACGAAUCCUCUACGACCCAAGACCUUCCACAGCUCUCGGCCUUUGGUCUUCUAAGUCCUGCAUCGUCGGUCUGUACCAUGGUCCAUCAGUAUCACAGUCUAACAGCACAGAGACACAGUACUUUCUUGUGGAUGGCACCGCCUGCCGGAACAGGCUGCAUCAAUUUCAUGGUGACAGCAGUAUCAUAUCAACAUCUUCUCUUCAAGGAUGUAAUGGCCCUACAGCUAUGUGAGACAGGAAUGCCUACCCCAUCUCCCUUCAGACCACAACUAGCCAUGAUACACAGUGAUGGUGUAAUUCUCAGAGAUGAUUUUGAUUCCUCACCUGAACUGGACUACACAAUAUGGUCAGAGAUAUAUGGAGGUAACAUCAGUGAUACAUGUGGGUCUGUUCUUCAUGGUAAAUCUGCUGUAUUUUGUGAUUCCUUUGGACAACGAGAACUCAAUACUGUCCAUCUCAAUACAACUACUGCUUCAGCUCUCCAGUUUGCUAUCAGUUCAGGUCACUGUAGACCAGGAACCGAUGAUUACAGCAUAACCAUUUCCUAUGCCGUUCAUACCAAGGUUGAUUGGCAUAUUAUAGAUAAGAUCAGGGCCCCCUCCGAUGGCAGCACAAGCAUCCACAUUGUCCAUCUGCCUCUAGCAGCGAGGACUGAAGAGGUCUCCCUUCGCUUUCAUCAGGAUCUCGCUAUGGAUGCCCAUCAUUACAGAGGCUGUUGGGCAUUAGACAAUGUCCUCAUUACUAACCUGGCUCAUAGACCAACUUCACUACAAGAGGACUUUGAUCCUGUGGAUCCUACCAGUUGGCUCUUCUUCCCAAACGGUGCCAUUCAAGAAAAGUGUCAAUCCAGAGGGAAUACACUUUAUUUUCAUGGUGAGGAAGAAAAGGAAACUAAUGAAUACCAGUUUGUAACAUCACAAGACCUCAAUCUGUGGCAAGAUAUUGGUAGACCAGGCUUUUCAGAGGGAUUUGAGACCAUGGAUGAUCUAAAUGAAUGGGAAGUAUCUGGUGCAGAGAUUGGUCAGAUGUGUGAUAUUGUGCAUACCAACAACUCACUUGUCAUGAAUGGCUUAGAUGAGAGACAAGUCUGUACUCCAUACCUCAAUACAAGCAACAUGGGUAACCUACGCUUUUAUUACAUCAUGGGUGGUGGAUCAUGUGACCCUGCAGAUUCCGAGCAAGUCCAGGUCUCUGUAUAUGCCCAGGUGUCUGGCCACAGUUCACCGGUACUGCUGCACAUCUUACCCCAUGAUUCACACAAGAAGCCACAGCUUGUCUCCGUUGCCCUGCCACCCACAAUCCAGUCUCCAUCUACCAAGUUCUGUCUCUCUCAACCCCGUCACAAUGGCUUGAACCGCAAUGUUUGGGCCAUUGACGACCUUGUCCUUCUGCCGACCCACCCUACACAUCCAAUGAUGCAUCUACAGUUUAGUCUGAACCUACAGUGUGGCUCAGAAGCAGAAGACACUGAAGUGAGGGUGGAGUUUUCAACAGACAUGGGACGAUCCUGGUCUCUAGUUCGUCAGGAAUGUUUGCCUGGUGUUUGUGAUGGUGUAAUGACUCCUGAUGAUAGUGUGUACUCUACGGGAGACUUCUCUGGAAAAUGGAGGAGAGUUACAAUUCCACUGUCUACAGCUGCCUUGAUGAAGCAGACAAGGUUUAGAUGGCGACAAAAUACCCAUGAUUCCUCAAAUACUAAAUGGGCUGUGGAUAAUGUUUACAUUGGUGAUGCUUGUGGACCUGUAAUGUGUAAUGGACAUGGCAGAUGUACACAUCUCGGAUGCAGGUGUGAUCAGGGAUACUCUGGUGUCAACUGUCAAAUCUCUGUAAGUGAUUUACUUGGAAACCUGACAGAGAAGUUUGAGACCUUCACCCCUGAGUUUGAUGAGCAUGAGAAGUUCAGUGUCAUCCAAGGAGGCUCUAUUGGGUAUGGAUGUGGAGUCUUGGCUUCUGGUAAAGCUCUGGUAUUCAAUCAGCAGGGCCGUAGGGAACUCAUCACGCAAGAGAUCAACACAACUAAUGUCAGGUAUUUGCAGUUCACAGUUCGGAUAGGUAGUCAUGGAUCGUCAGGCUCCUGUUCUCCAGCAGUCAAUGCUUCUGAAUCUGUUCUUGUCUUAUCAUCUUGUGAUAAUGGUAUCCACUGGAAUCUUAUCAAGGUCAUGGAAUAUAAUGCCUACAGGACAGCCAGAGCUGUCCUGAUCCAUCUCAACCCAGUUGCCAAGGGUGAUGCUUGUAUGAUAAGAUGGUGGCAGCCUUCAAAUGGAGGAGAGAACCAAGGAGUUUGGGCUUUGGAUGAUAUCGCCAUGACAAUGACUCUCCGGAACAACAUUAAUCUGGAUUUUAGUGACCACAGGGAAGUCCGAAGAGCUCUCACAUUCCACACUGGUCAGAUAGGAGAGGCAUGCAACAUUGGUCCUGCACUUGUUUUACCCGGCCAAUCCCACUCCAGCGGUGCUUCAAUCCUGGAAACCCAAUCCCUUCAGGUUGGAGCUUCUUUCAUGAUUCAAUUCUAUCUUGCUGUAGGCUGUGGACAGCAGCGGAGGAUAGGACAUAAUUACUCCAUCAAUCUGGAGUAUUCUACAGACCAUGGAUUAACUUGGCAUGAUGUAGUCCCAUCCUGUAUGCCCGGUGAUGUAGGAUGUGCAACUUAUAGACAAGGCUCUCAGUAUCAUUCAACAGAAUAUACAGAAUGGACCAGGAUUAGUCUCCCUCUUCCUGCAAGACUUAGGUUUUCCGUGACCAGAUUCAGACUACGCCAAUCCCAUCAUGUGGAUGGAGCAACAUGGGCCAUUAGACAUCUGUAUGUGGGAGAACAAUGUCCUGAUAUGUGUCAUGGCCAUGGUGUUUGCCAGGAAGGCAUAUGCAGUUGUGAUAGAGGCUACAGUGGAGCCAAUUGUCUGCCAGAUGACCCUAGACUGAAUGCUAUCCAGUCUAACUUUGAGGAUGCAUCUGCUAUCAAUGCUGACUGGACCAUCAUCCAGGGUGCUAGCAUCAAGUGCACUGGUCAUGGAUGUGGCACAGUAUCUUCUGGUUGUUCUCUUUACUUCCAUGGCCCUGGCGUAAGGCAGCUGGUCAGCCAUGAUAUGAGUACGGUAGAACCUAGCUACAUUCAGUUCUAUAUCGAGAUUGGUAGUGAUGAGGGGAGGAGCGCCUGUAGGAGGGCUACUGAGAGAUCGGAAGGUGUUCUCCUGCAGUAUUCCAUUGAUGGUGGUGUUUCAUGGGUGGACCUGCUGGAAUUAUACUACCAAGAUUACACCAUGCCAAGAUUUGUUCGCAAGGAGCUACCACCUGGAGCUCAAUCUCCUGCAACCCGUUUCCGAUGGAGGCAGCCUCGACAUGCAGGAGCUUACACUAGCCAAUGGGCAAUAGAUGAUAUCUUCAUUGGAAAUGAUUUUAGACUCCAGUCAUUGGAAGCUUCAUUUGUGAAUGACAGUCCAUUACCAGAUAUCUGGAUGUCGACGAGCAGUGGUCAAGUAGGUACAUUCUGUGGGUCAAGGGGUCCAGCUCUGUACUUUGAUGCUGUAGGUGAGGACAGGUUUGCUGUCACCAGAUCCAUGCAGCUUACCACCAGAGAUGUCGUUCAGUUCAAGGUUGUGGUGGGAUGCCAAGAAGAAUUCUCUCACUUUGCCCCAGUCUACCUGGAGAAAUCCACUGAUGGUGGUAUGCAUUGGGAGCUGGUAACCACUCCCUGUUAUCCCUUCUCAGAAGGAGAGAUACAGUGUGAUGGACAGGGAGGAGAGCUGAGAGAUGGGAGCAUUUACCACUCUGGAAAGUACAAUGACUGGGGACUGAUUGUGAUUCCAGUCCAGAGUGAGAUGACACACAGCAAUGUCCAGUUCCGUUGGUGGCAGGCUGGAGAUCCCCUGGCCCCGGCCUUUGGUUUAGAUGAUGUGUACAUUGGUCAAUCCUGCCCUGGUCACUGUAGUGGACAUGGUGUGUGUAGGAAUGGAGACUGUGAAUGUGACUCAGGAUAUCAUGGUUUAUCCUGUACACCCAAAGGAUCCAACCCACAUAGUUUCAUUGAUGGCUUUGAUGCUAUGAGACCACAGAGUGAUGGUCAAUGGUCCCAUACAUUGGGUGCUGAUGUUGGUCAAGGGUGUGGAAUCAUCAAGAUGGACAACUCUCUCUAUUUCAGCUCCACUGGACCAAGAGAAGCUCAGACUGACCCUGUCAAUACUACUUCAAUCAAAAUUGUGCAGUUCUAUGUCCAGAUUGGUAGUAUAGACCAAGGUGACCGAUGCAUGCCAGCCAUUGAUCGUAGUGAGGCGGUCAUUGUCCAGUACUCUAAUAACUCAGGAAUCAUGUGGCACAUGCUGAAGGUUCUUGACCCCACUCAGCUAGGUGAAAGGUCAACUCAGGUCACCAUUAACUUGCCCCAAGGGGCUAAGACACCAGAUACUGUCUUCAGAUGGUGGCAGCCUUUUGUGUCACUUGGUAUGCCGAGGGCACAAUGGGCCUUGGAUAACAUAGUGAUAGGUGCUAAUGAGACCAGAUCAUAUGGCUUUGAGGAUACCUUUACUGAUGGUGCUAGUGAUAGUUGGUAUAUGACAAUGGGAGGCCAAGCAAAACCAUACUGUGGAGCCCAACAAGCCCUUGUAUUUGAUUCAAGUUUAGGAGUACCUCGCUACACCGAGACCUGGGACUUUCACGUCACCAUGACUGCCUUCCUGCAGUUUGAACUGACCAUGGGGUGUGGGGGCUCGCCCUCCUCUCCGUCCUAUGCCGUCAUGUUAGAAUACUCCUUGGACAUGGGCCAGACAUGGCAUCUAGUUUCUGAGGCAUGUAGUCCUCCUGAUAUGGGGUGUGGUCGUUACGGGAUGGGCAGUGUCUACCUCUCUCAGAUGCAUCUUGAUUGGACAAGGGUCACUGUGUACCUACCUGAAGCUGCCAUAUCAACAUCCACAAGGUUCCGAUGGCAUCAGCCUGACUUCCGUAAUGGCCGUGAUGUCUGGGCUAUUGAUAAUAUCUAUCUAGGCAGUGGGUGCCCCUGGAUGUGCUCUGGACAUGGGCAUUGCAAGAGAGGAAAUUGUGUAUGUGACCCAGGCUACUCUGGAAGCUUCUGUGUUCCAAGUAUCCCCCUAUCGAAGCAGCUCAAAGAUAGCUUUGAUGGACCACCGAGGCUAGAUACAUCACGAUGGCUCUCCCAGUAUGGCAUGAUACAGGGUAGCACUCAGUGUGAUGGGGUUUUGGUGUCUGGUAAUGCUGCCAUUUUUAAUCAGCCUGGUGUGAGGAUGUUAGUUGCCCAAGAUGUGGAUGCUACUAUGAUGGAGUAUAUCCAGUUUAUAUUCAAGUAUAGUUGCUAUGACGACCCAUCAGCUACUCGAUCGUCUGCAGUUCUGCUUCAGUAUUCAAUCAAUGGAGGUAUCACGUGGGAGCUACUGCAGGAACUUCCUUUCACACCCCUUCCACCAACAUUCUUCAAUAUCAAGCUUCCAAUGUUGGCCAAGACCAACUCGACCCGCUUCAGGUUCUGGCAGCCUCAGCACUCUCAUCAGGGCAAUACUUGGGCCUUAGAUAACCUUAUCAUCGGAGGUAACUUUAUGACCAGAGGACCGCUCCAAGAGUCCUUUGAUCUUGUGAGCAUCAACAACGAUGACUGGUUGUUCUACCCAGGGGCGACUACACUGACAGAUCAUUGUCCUCAGCAUCCAAGGCAGGGAGUGUCUUAUCUACCACAGAAUCCGUAUGAGCUUCCAAGGGGAAGUGGGCACAGCUAUCAGAUUGGUCAAAGACCAUCAUUGGUGUUCCCUCAGACCAUUGGAGAACACUCAGUAACAACUAGGGAUAUUGAUGUUGAUGAAAGUAGCAUCCUGCAAUUUGAGAUCAACGUCGGAUGCAGCAACCAAUCGAGUGCCACCCAUCCAGUCAGACUAGAGGUAUCAAGAGACUAUGGUACUACCUGGAGUUUACUAUCACCUGACUGCUUCUCUAACCAGUCUACCUGUCUCUCUUGCUCUGAACAUCUCACUACUCCUACUGUCUACUACAGUGGAGAGAAUGAGAGAUGGGUUCGCUACACCAUUCUCCUCUCAAGACUCCAUGUUUGUGGAACUGUACGAUUCCGUUGGUACCAGGGCUUCUUCACAGCCCAAGAUAAUCCUAAGCAGUGGGCCAUUGAUGGGAUCUACAUCGGACCAGGUUGUCCUUUCAACUGUAACGGACAUGGCUCCUGCGAUAAUGGAUUCAUGUGCCAGUGCGAUCCAGGAUAUGGAGGGCAGUUCUGCCAUGUCCUUAGACCAAACCCUUUCUUUCUCAAGGAAUCAUUUGAAAGUUCAGGACCUUUAAACAGAAAUAAGUUUUCACAGUGGAGUGGAGCAGAAGUAACUAAGAAGUGUGGAAUAUUAAUCACUGGCAAAAGUCUUCAUUUUACUGGAUCUGGGAGGAGAAUGCUCACAACUGUUGACAUGGAUCUUACAAUGGCAAGUAUCAUCAGCUUCUACAUCCGUCUUGGUUGCUCCCAGCAUCCUCCAUCUCUCUUGAAUCUACCCAUCAUCCUCCAGUCCUCAUCAGACGGCGGCAUCACAUGGGAUACCAUUGAAGAAAUGACCUUUGACCCUCAGAGCAAUGACCCAAUGUAUGUAGCCCUUCAGCUUCCUGUGAGGUCACACUCCAAUGCUACUAGGAUCAGAUGGUGGCAACCAUCUAGGGAAGGGGUCUACAUGGAUGAAUGGGCCAUUGAUCAGAUAUUUAUUGGUGGUUACAUCCAUGGUCAGACAGUACUAGAAGAUGAUUUUAUGACAUCACUCCAGAACGAUGGUGAUCAAAACUUCUCUCUUCAUGAUCAGAAUUGGCUCAUCUCUCCCGGUAGUACCAUGGGUCAGGUGUGUGAUGUCACUCACAAUGCCCUCCACUUUGCAAGCAAUGAACAGAUGAGAUACACUAUCACCUCUGAUGUCAUGGUAACAGACCACACCUUCCUUCAGUUUGAUAUUGCUCUGGGAUGUAACCAACAAGAGUCAUGCUAUGGUAUACUGCUUGAAUACUCUCUUGAUAUGGGUAAGACAUGGAAUCCUCUCCUCACAGAGUGCUUCCCAUCUCAAGUAGAGUGUACUGGAUAUCACAUGAGGAGUGUCUAUCUUGCUGAUAUCUACUAUGGUUGGAAUAGAGUUACUCUGCCUCUCCCACAAUACACAAGGUCUAAGAGUACUCGUUUCCGAUGGAGCCAGCCACCUCGCUUUGAUCCUGGCCAUGAAUGGGCUCUGAGCAAUGUUUAUAUUGGCUCAGAGUGCAGUGAUAUGUGCAAUGGUCAUGGACAAUGUAGCUCUGGUAUUUGCAUAUGUGAUCAGGGAUGGACCGGACCAUCUUGCCAACGACCCUCUGUGCGUCUUCCUCAAUCUCUAAGGGACACCUUUUCUGCUCAGCCUGUGAGUGGACGGGGUCAUUGGUCAAAGGUCAUCGGUGCAAUGACUUCAGAAUCCUGCGGACCUGUUGCAUCUGGGACUUACCUUCAUUUCACAAAGUCCUGCAGCAGACAGUUGGUAACCUCAGACUUUGACCUGACCCAUGCAGACUACAUCCAGUUCUACUUUCGCUUUGGUUGCUUGAACCCGCCUCAACAUCGGGAUGAAGGUGUCCUCCUAGAGUACUCAUUAGAUGGUGGUAUAACAUGGACUCUUCUCUUAGAGUUAUACCACCACCAGUACCAGAGAGCAACCUUUGUCUCACUGCCACUCCCUCCUGAAGCACGCCACAAUGGCACCCGUCUGAAAUGGUGGCAACCAUCUCACUCAGGCCCAGACACUGCAGACUGGGCCAUCGACAAUGUCUUCAUAGGGGGAUCAGCCACCUUACCUCACCUCCUGAGGGACUCCUUCCUGACUGAAAAUGUCCGUGAUCACUGGCUCUUCUCUGAUAAUGCUGAUUUGGGAGAGUUUUGUAGCCGUAAUGCGGGACUAGGUGAUACAGGGAUGCAGCCAAGGAGGGGUGGGGUAUCUUGGAUCGGAGGGAUAGACUCGGCAGAGAGUUCAUCCUUGACUAGUCAUGAUAUGAUACUGAAGAAAGGAGAUGCACUAGAGUUUAAGAUCAGCAUUGGUUGCAACACGUCUUGGGAUAGUCCAAUCCAGCCCAUCCAGUUAGUCUACUCUACUGACCAUGGAUUGACAUGGUCUUUGGUCACUCAAACUUGCUUGCCCUCUGACCCUAGUUGUGGUGGUCAUGUGACCCUUCCCAGCAUCCUCUUCCCUUUCAAUGGAUGGAGGAGGUUGGUUAUACCACUGACUGAAAAGAUGACAGGAAGACCGAUACGAUUCCGCUGGUACCAGGGUGCUUCAUCUUCUCCCCAUCCUUCCUACCAGCAGUGGGCCCUUGAUGAUAUAAGGAUAGGUCAACCCUGUUCUCUUAUGUGUAGUGGCCAUGGAUCAUGCGACCAUCCAGCAUGCAUCUGUGAUCCUGGUUUCCAUGGUGAUUCCUGUGAGGAGAGCUCCGGAUUACCAACUCAAUUGAAAGAGGAGGUUGUUGGAAGCAUGAUGUCUCCUCGAAGUUGGCCUCUCAUCCAGGGCGGGGUCAUUACCAAAGGAAGCAGUGAGCAGACCUGUGGGGUGCUGAGAGAGUCAAGGUCAUUGUACUUCAGUGGGAGUGGUGCAAGGCUCGCAAUGGCUUCACCAUUAGAUCUUAGAGAUGCGAGAUUUAUACAAUUCUACAUUGUGAUUGGAAGUGAACAGAAUGCGGAGCAUUGUUUAACAGCGACAAGUAGACUUGAGUCUGUAAUGCUGCAGUACUCCACAGAUGGAGGAAUCAGCUGGACCUUGCUGAAAGAAUUGUAUUAUCAGCAGUACCAGGUACCCAGACUGGUAUAUAUAGUCCUUCCUUUUGAGGCUAGGACACAUGCUACACAGUUCAGAUGGUGGCAGCCUCUUGAUAUCACCAAGGUCCAGGCUCAAUGGGCAUUGGAUAACAUCCUUAUAGGUGGUUCUGAGAUUAAUCCAAGCUCCUUGUCAGAGUCCUUCGAGCAUAGCCACCAUCAGAAUGGACUGUGGGAGUUUUACCCAUACGGACAGAGACAACAGGACGUAUGUCAUCAGCGCAACACUGCCCUCUUUUGGGAAAAUGAAAGGAAUGCUGCUUUUGAUAAUGCAGCCACCACUCGUCAGCUCAUUGUUGAUAAGAACUACAUGAUACAAUUCAAGAUCGUUGUUGGAUGUCAAAGUACUCCAUCUUGUAACCUAGAGUAUGGUAUUGUGCUGGAAUACACCACUGAUCCUCAUCAGGAUCAGUGGACUCUCCUCAAACCGGCUUGUCUCCCUGGAGAUGAAGAGGAUGUGAGAUGCGAUCCAUUCAGUUACCAUGACAACAGCUCCUACACAGAGAAUGAGUAUCACCAAUGGCAUACUGUCACAAUGGAGCUUCCAAUGGAUGCAGUUUCUAGCUCAACACAGUUCCGUUGGAUCCAGCAAGAUGCGUCUAGUUUGGCGCCCUCAUGGGCUGUGGAUGAUGUAUACAUUGGAGAGAAAUGUCCAAACAUGUGCAGUGGGCAUGGACAGUGUGUAGAGGGUCCAUUGUGUGUAUGUGAUCAAGGCUAUGAAGGGGAAUCAUGUACCCCAUCUAUGCCGCUCCCGACAUACUUCCGCUACGGUGUUGACCGUGGUCUCAUCCCAUCUAUGGACCCGUGGAGUGAAGUCAGUGGAGGGGGCGAAGGUCAUGGGUGUGGUCCUCUUACACCCCAUGCUCAUGGUAUGGCCCUGUACUUCAGUGGGUGUGGUCUCAGACAGGCGGUGACUGUCGAGCUGGAUACGCGACUAAUUGUGGAGAUUGGCUUUGUGUUGCAGAUUGGAAGCAGAGAUCCAAAUAACACUGCUUGCCAUAUCAACUACUCCUCACCAAACAUCAGGAGUAAAGCCAUUCUGCUUCAGUACACCCUUGACAACGGUAUCCACUGGUAUCUGAUCCAGAGCCACACCCCUCGAGAUUACGGCGAACCUACCAGGGUGUCGUAUGAUCUACCCCCUGAAGCAAGGGGGGUUGGAGUCCGGUUCAGAUGGUGGCAGCCAAGACAUGAUGGAGUGAACCAAGACCAAUGGGCAUUGGACAAUGUAGACCUUGUUAGUUUCAUCCGCAAGAAGCGUUCAUCACCAGCUGAAACUGAAGCUGUAAACAAGUCUUCCUUCAUAUUCUAAUGAGGAUCACAUAAUCAGUGAAUUGACAUCAAUUGCAUAUAUAAAACAAUGAUUGUGAUUCGUCAAUAGUAUAGUGGUGCCUUUAUUGGCCACCGACAUGUACGAUUGAUUCCAAACCUUGGUGCUCUUCCAAAUGUAUACAUGGUGCUUCAAACAUAAACAUAGAUAUUAUGAAAAAAAUAUUUUCAUUGAUUUGCUUAAAGAUUUGUUAAAUACUAAGGUUUAGUAACCUUUGUACAUAAUUUAAACCAACCAUUCCACAUAACUACAUUGGACCUCCAAGUAUUAUUUUGUAUGCUAUGCUGUAAAACUACUGUAUUUGAUAUAUGGAUUUUUCUCAUUUUAUUUAUGUACCACUAACAGCUGGUGAUAUUUUAGACUUCCUUUUUUUUACCUUGCUUGUAUUAAAGUUUUUAGAAAAAUAUAGUGAAAAAAAAUGAUCAUUUAACAUCAUAAUUUGCAUGAAUCCAGGUCUUGAACAAAAGAAUCCUGUACUAUUGCUACAUGAAUAUUUUAAAUGAAUGAGUGAAAUGUUUUGUAAAUGAUAUUAGGUGUGUAAUAGAUUUUAGUGCAUUUUGAUAGGUGGGUUUGUAUUUCCUUUUGACAGUCACAUUUUAAGAUUUAAUGUAAAUAGGAUUGUAUAAUAUGUGACAUGUGAGUUUAGAUAAUAUACAUGUGAAUAUUCAUGUUUCGAGAAAUUGCCUCUUACAUAUAUUGGGCAUUGCAAGAAAUUUGGAAUUGAUUUUUCAUCCUAAACUCAAUCAUCAUUCUCAUAAAAUUUUAUGGCAGUUGAUUCAGGUCCCUGUAACAAAAAGCUAUGUGCUUUGUUUUAGGGCAGUAUUUUUUUUGUUUUGAUAAAUUUUUAUUGUAUGAUCUAAUAUGAAAUGAAAGGGUCACACACAGAUGAGCAU